AUGGACAAUGGACCCCAGCCGGCAGCCCAAGCUGGCAUGGCCCAAGGGGCAGCAGCGCAGCUCAGCGCUGAUGAUGUGGACAGGUUGGUCAAGCAAAGGCUGGAGCAGGCUUUUCAUGGUGUGUUCCGGAAGCUGGUGGAUACAACGGAGCGGGCAGCCCAGGCUGCCGAAGCCAGUGCGUCGACAAAUCGCCUGGAGUCUUUGACUAAGAGCUUGAAAGUUGAGUUUUGGAAGCCGGCCUCAAGAGAAGAAGAGCUGAAAUCCUGGAAGGAAUGGGCCUUCCAGUUUACCAACUGGCUGGUGUCCAACGAUCCGAGCUUCGAGGCAGACUUGGCUGGGAUCGACCUCGAGAAGGAGAUAGACCAUGCCCUUUUGCCAAGCGAGCAGGAGGCAAGGUCGCAGCGGCUAUUUGGAGUUUUGUGCAAUGUGCUGAAGGGGAGGCCCCUGCUUCUUGUGAAGCAGGCGGCCGACAUAAAGAAUGGCCUGGAGGCCUGGCGCAUUCUGCGUCGGGAGAUGGAACCGCGGGAGCGAGCCCACGCGCUAGCAAUGGUCAGACAGCUGGAGGCUUUGAAAGUCUAUGAAAGCAGCACGGGCAAGGCGUUCCCUGAAGAGCUUGUUCUGGCCACGGUGGUGACGGGGCUCAAGGAGCCCUUGAGGAGCCAAGUUCAGCUGCAGAUGCAGCCGACCACGAAGUACUCAGAUAUUGGUGAGUGGGUUCUGAG